AUGUAUCUGUUGUCCAAAUAUAAGGACAACCCGUGGAUGGGAUUUAACGAAAUCCGGCGAAAACACGGAGACGUCGUGGGCUUACAGUUGGGUCAACAGAAGGCUGUAUUGGUCUCAUCGGCGGAAGUGAUGAGAGAAGUGCUUCUCUUAAAGGGCGACAUAUUCUGCGAUAGACCGGCCUUUCAUAGAUAUGCCCUCAUCUUUGGUCGCGAUCGACAUAACUCUCUGGCUCUUUGCGAUUGGUCUGAAGUGCAGAAAGUUCGCCGAUCUAUGGCUCAGUCGGGAGUUAUUCCCAAAUACGGUUCCAAAGGCUAUAGGAAUCUCUCGAAAUGCAUUGAAUCUGAGAUUAAAUUAAUGAUUGAGGAAACGAUUGGCACUAAAAAGAUGUUUGUUUUGGCGAAACAAGACGUCCUGAUUCUGUGCGCAAACAUAUUCAUGAAGUAUUUGUGUUCAAAAAAGCCUCCAAAUGGUUGCACAAAGUUUUUAGAUUCCGUCCAGAAGUACGACUACAUCUUCCACGACAUUAACCAAUGCUAUGCCAUUGAUUUCAUACCCAAUUUAUCAGUGUUUGGAUUGCAUAAGAGUUACUUCGACUCCGUUGAGGAGUCGGCCAUCAGUUUGAGAGAUUACGUGGAGAAAGAAGCGGUCGGUAACAGAUUGGAGGCGACUGUCGCUCGACUCGAAACGGAUGGAAAGGAUGAAUACGAAGAUUUCCUAGAGUUAAUGUUAGAGCAUUACGUGAGAAACCCGUCGUCCAUGAGUUGGACGGUAUGUAUGUAUGAAAUCGGAGACUUAAUUGGCGGCCAAUCGGCGGUCGGAAACCUAUUGAUGCGUUUGAUUGGAUUCGUGGCAAUGAAUCCUUCCGUUCAGAAAGAGCUAUACAUUGAGGCGAAGAACGCGUUGAAGACGCGCCCAUCCGAUGAUGAUAUCAUCACUUUAGAUCACAGACCAGUUAUGCCAUUAACUGAGGCCAGUAUUCUUGAGACACUUCGUCACACGUCAUCGCCAAUUGUUCCGCACGUUAAUAGAGUGGACACAAAACUUCAGGAGUAUGACAUCUCGAAGGGAACAAUGGUAUUGUUCAACACGUAUUACCUGAAUAUGUCGCCUGAGUUCUGGUGCGAACCUCAACGGUUCAAUCCUUCGCGCUUCAUAUCUUCGAGUGGAAGCGUUAGCCAUAUAUCAAAACCGGACCACUUUUUCCCCUUUUCAAGUGGUCGUCGCGCGUGUUUGGGAUACAAAAUGGUUCAAACGAUUGCGUUCACAGCGAUCGCUAAUUUGGUUCUCAAUUACGACAUCUCAGCCCUAAAUGAUGAACAACUCUACGAAAUGGGCCGACAAUUGGCCCCAAAAGGAUGUCUGGCAUUGGAUUUGUCAGACAAAUGCUUUAAGGUUUCCCUAAGUCCAAGGUCUGAGAAAUAAGUAGUUUUUAUAUUAAUUUUAAAAUUUACUGUCAUUUGGACGACAGUUCUCAUAAAUUUAGGUUAAUUUUCCCCUUAGCUCUCCAUUCCUUACAUUUCCC